UUAAUCUUCAGUGCGUGCCAGCCCUGCGGCAGUGCGGCUGUCGUGCGUCCACGCUGGUGCUUGUACCUUUCACGUUUCCGUCGCAGCCACGUUUCAGUUCUCAAUCUUCAGACUUGAGGCGUGGCGCCACUGUCGACUGUGGGACCGUUCUCCACGCGCUGCCAGCUGAUGCACACUUCUUCAUCCUUUGCUGCAGACUGCUUCACCACGGUGCCUCAGAAACAAAUUUCAAGAACUAGCAGCACAGGACCGACUGUUGGAGCAGAGGAACAUCACAAAGACCAGUUUUGCUGUAUUUCUGCAACUCUUUGAAGCGCAGCAAUUCAGUCUGGAGACUUUAUAAUUCUCCGUGAUAAGGACAGGGUCUGAAAAGUCUGUCAACAUUCUGUCGUAAGAGGCUUUUCCACUUCUUCUGCCAGCUUAGGACAUCGGAUGAAUUUUUUUUUUAGAAACCGUAGGUGCAAGUAGGUCUUACCUGGUUGCAGGCCACGCUACACCAGCCGCCUGUCUGCAAUUUUUUCAGCAGCUUUACUCUGUAAGUGUUCGUUGCCUUCAAAUCGCAUUUCACCGAGAGUUGGUCGAGUCUGAUCCUCCUGUCUCUGUGUCUCGGUAGGUUCUUGUGGACUAAUUUUGAGAGGAACCCACGUCCUGCCGACUGUAUCUUUUCGCCACAAAAACGCUGUAAUCGGAGCAUGACAUGGCAACAGAGGUAUUUUUAUUCGUCUUCCGAAAAUCGAUCAACUGUGAUGAUCGAUAGAGCCGAUCAUAAAGUCGGUGGAGGUCGAAGGAAGCCAGCACAGCGACCUGCGGAGGCAGCCCGGGGGGACGUGGCCGUCCAGACUGUUGCGUACCGCGCGGACCUGACUCGCCGCUGACCGCCGCCACCUCCGCAGCUUGGUUGUGGAUCCUCCCCCAUCUCUUCCUCAGCCGUGGGAGGACACUGCCAAGUCCCUUUCGUGUCUGGACCAGUCGGAGGGCUAAGGACAACCACACGAACUACAGCCUCAGUGACUCUGAGUUCUGUCAGCGUCUCUUCUGGCGAUUCUCUGGACACACAGUUAGCAACUUGCUAGUAACUGACCUGACUAGUUAGUUAGGUAGCCAGCAGCUCCAGUCAGUUGGUCACGUGACUCAAGGGACCUUCAUCAAGGCCAGCAGCGACUUACUACGACAGACAUGUUUACUCUGCCAGCCAUUUCCGGGAACUCCCGGUACUGCGCGGACUCCUCGGGCAUCAUGCCUCUCAACGCCCUCAACGGCUCCUCCUACAUGUACAACGACGAGAGCUCCACCCUGUCCCGACCUCCUUCGUACGAGGAGGCGGUUUCCAGUGAUUCCAUGUUCGGACUCUUCAUCGUCAACAGCGGCGACAGCUACCACAACUCGGUCUCCCACCAGCACGCGCACCACGACCAACUCGACCAGCCCCCGAACUACCACGAUCUCCUCUCGCCCACCGGCUCCACCGCGUCCGCAGACAAACCGUCCAAUCGUAAUGCCCCUUACGUAUCACGUGACUCCGAUACUGCUGAAUAUCUGGACACGUCUCUCGACAAUCAGUGCACCCGCUUCUCGCAAAUCGACAUCGUCGGCAGCACCUCCACCCUGACUUCACCCGUGCCGAGCCCCAGACCACAUUCUCGAAAACACGAAAGCAAAAAGAGCGACAAGACGAAAGUGCGGACAGGAAGCAGUUCCGGGUGGCGCAAACAUUUGAGUUCCGAGAAGUCGGCCUUGAGUGUCGCCAGGGACCGACUCUACCGAGUUCUCUCACCCGCCCUCUCCCGCAGGAGUGAGCACCUGGAGUCGCACAAAAAAGGCGGAUCAGGCAAGGUGCAGCUGUGCUCACCACGAGGCCAAGACAGUGAGGAGGAGGAAGCGACGUCACAUCCUGUGCGCAUGCACAUCUCUUCUUCUCGUCAUCGUAGUGGUGGCGCUGAUCAUUUUGACGACAUCCGGUCUUCUGGCAAACCACACAAAGACAAGCAGCGACACAAACAUGGCGACCGACGCGACAAAUAAACUUUACCUGACUGUCGAACGACCCUCCUAAGGGAGGCAAUUCUACGGAAGCUGACGGUUGAUUAAUGCCCUGUGUCACCUGGGAAAUCCACGUCACCCACACACUUCCCGAGCCUGCAUCUCGGUGAAUAUCAACUGAAUAAAUCAACGAUCAGCUGAACUUUCCCUUAAAUGAAAUUUCCUUCCACCGGAGCUAAUUUGAUUAGCUCAUAUCGAUAUUACUUUUUAAAUAAAUUUACCUUUUAUGUACACCUUGAUGAGAAAGAGAAUGAAAGGAGAAAAAGAGAGAAAAAGAGAGACCUGUUAUUGGAAGUCACAAAAGAUAUUUUAAUGAAGAUUUUUUUUAAAAAAUAGAAAGCAUAUUAUUUGAUCAAAUUUCAGUUUUUUGGGAAAGAAUAGUUGUGACUAGCUACUUUUAAAUAAAAACUGUUUACUUGGUGGUUUUUCUUGAAUUAUAAAAGAUGUUGACAGCAUGCGAAACUUUCAAAGCUGAUGUAUUUUCUCGUAGGCAGAUGAUUGACUGCCAGAGACUAAUGGAAUAAUGAUUCCAGCGAAAUAUAAAAGAUUUACAGCCCUUGCGCUACAUUGACAAUAACAGCUUUGCUAUUUCCUGUGACUCCUAGUCUGGUAGUACACCAGGAGACAGCAAAUUAUUCAGGAAGGAGUAUUCCACAGAGGUGAGGCUUUACUCCCCUCCCACCGACUUCUCCAAGUAAACAAACUUUGUCAUUUUGCAUGCAAUGGAACCCACAACAGCUGCUCAUAACAUCUUGUCUUGCGACAUAACCAGCAAACUUUUCACGAAGAAUAUUGUGAAUUGUGAAAGUAUCGCUGGCAACAGUAUUCUGCAAGUGAUGUGUGGAACAUUGGCACAGCAGGACACUGAAGUGGGAAUAUUAUGUGACCUGAAAUGGUUUAAAACUUAGAAAAAAGAGUCUUUAAAAAAAUGACUGUGGACAUUAGUGCAAUCAUGAUGUCACAAGAUGAAGAGAGAUUAUUACAAGCAAACGUUUGCCGAUAUGAAGACAAAUUAAUUACAGACAUUAGAGAUUUUCUGUCUUGACAUUUUGUGACAAGCCACAAGAAUAAAGAGGGACAUUGUUUUACAAAAGGAGAAUUUUGUGUGAAAAAUUAGAACAGUCAAAAGUUUUUAAAUGAUUUUCUUGAGUCUUGCCGCUGUUGCUGAGUUCUCAAGUUUGUAACUAUUAUUUCCACAGACUCAUCAAUAUUAUUUGACAUUACCUUCAAUCGUUGCACUUUGUUUCUGCCUGUCAAUCAAUCUAGUUAAAGGGCAAGGAAGUCAACACACAAAUUGGCUUUCAAUGCUAGAGACUGACGGUAUGAAUAUUUACUGCUAAAAAAAAAAGUCAAGUUAAAAACAAAAUCGUUAUCUUCACUGCCUUGGUUGAUUUAUGGACUCCUGCAAGUAUUCUGUCGGGUAGAUCCGACUGUCAACAAUGGCAGGAAGUCGGCCUCAGCUCCCACAAAGGAGUAUUUCAUUAAUUAUUUACCAAUUUUAUACUUUGUUUACUUUAUAAACACUGCAGUGAAUACACCAACGUGGACACAGACAACAGGAACUGUCAUUCAAUUUUGUAGAGAUUGUUUUUUAUAUAUAUAUAUACAAUAGGAACUGAACAGAACCAGUUCGAUUUUCCAAAGCUUGAAACUCGGAAAUAGAUACUCAAAAGAAACCAGUUUCUGAUUAAGCCAAACAGGUUGAAAGAGGGAGACACUUUUUUUCAGGACACUUUCAUAUCUACACAUGUAUGUAGGGUUGCAGCAGUGUUCAUCAGCCAAAUGCUCGUUGUAUUGAAUACUCAGCUCCACAAUUACACUGUAUGUGGAUAACAGUCCAAAAUCCACUUUCUACAGUUCUUCAUGAACCUGGCAUCCAGUGUUCCUGAUGGCGCUCGACAUGGCAACAUGGCGGCCUCUAUGUAAAUCCUCAAAGCUCCGGUUUAGACAGACCAUAAGUAACCAAAUCUUCUACUAAUUGCAUCUUGAAAGUUAUUUAGAAAGUAAGUAACCAUCAAAUAAAAACAAUUUGUGCAUCAGCUGCCUUUUUUCUUCAAGAUAUUGCGACAAUGCCUAUGUAAGGUCUCUUUGUUAAACAUUCAUUCGGUUGCAUAACAACGGGUUUGUUUGUUUGUUUAUUUUGCUUUUUUAACAUUCGUGUCAUCGAAUGAUUUUAUUUCCAGACGGAAAUUCCACGUCUUAUUUUCACAGCCUUCUGCCUGUUUUGAUUUAUUCACUGCCCAUUGAUGUUUUUAUUGAUAAUAUUCAUCCUCAUUCACCCCAAGUUGUUUUUUUUACUUAUUACUUUUUACUUGUAUCUGCUGUUUCUAACAAGACUGCCGAAGUUGCUAACCAUUCUUAUAAGUCAAAACAAAAACAAAAGUUAUUGUUCUGUGAGUGUAUAAAGACCGUUUGAAUGUUUGGUUGUUUUUGUUUCAGAACAACAUGUAAUCGGUUUUAGUGUUUAACGAUAUUCUGCACGUUGUGACAGACUCUAUCAACUGUUUCAUCAUUUUCAGUUUUGUUAGAAGGACUCCAUCAAUUAUUGUGAUACAUUUUAUUUACAAACAAGUGUUUGAUAAGACGUGUGUGCAAUAAUUAACAACUGGACUCGAAAAUGGUUUAUUUGAAACAAUUAAAGUCACUUUACAUCAAAAAGUGAGUUCUGGCAGGAAAAAAUAUAUUGAUGUCAGCUGCUAAAUCAUUAAAUUUGUAAAAAAAAAAAACUUCUAUAGCAGAAGUUUCUGAAAGAUAAAUGAGUUUAUUUUUAUUCACAUACAUGUCAUAACACUCUUACAGAAUGUGAAGAGACUUUACCUGUUCUCUUGUGUGAAAAAGUGACCUGUGUACUCUUUGACAACCUCUGCUGACAACAUCUCUAAUGUUUUACUAUUGUAUGCAUGCACCUGGUAAUAUCGCUAUCAUGUACAUAGUCCUUGUUUUGUUUGUUUGUGAAAGUGGUUUUCGACAAUAAAGUCACAUUGGUUA